GCGACGGAAUCGACAAUGAGAGUCGGUCAGAUGGUUUUUAAAUUUGUGAGUCGGACACCGUGUGGGAAGAAGAUUUACUGUAAAGAUGUCUCCAUCUCUCAAUACGACGGAGAUCAUCACCCUUCUCGAUCUUCUGGAGUCGCCAUCGACAUUCCAAGAAAUUUCCGAAAAAUUUCGACGAGAGUUCCCAGAUUCGGACUUCCACUUCAAAGUUUGCGACGCUCUGUGCCAAUUGCUGCAAGAAAGUGAUCUUUUGACGGGACCUGAGCAACACCUGAAAGCGGCCUUCUUGAUAUAUGACGUAGAACGCGACAGCCGGCAAAACCCAUUUCUGAGUCUCCUCAUAAAGCUGCUACAUCCACCUGAAAUUGUAACAUCCUUAGCGAGACUAUCAACUCAAGCCCGAUGGUUUUUAUCGCAAUUAUUGGCGGCCCCAUCCGAAUCACUGCCGCUGCUGGAGCUCACCGCAAAGGAGGUAUUGUCCAAAGCUGUCGAGGAGUCGGCCAUAUGUGACACCAGUAAUCUACAGGUACUACUCAUGGAGCAUUUGGCGGAACUUCCGGCGUACGAUAAGAUCGGAGUGUCGUGUAUCGUCCCAGCACCUAAACCGGGAGUUCAUUCUGAAGAGCUCCGGCGAGAAUCGGCGAUAGAUAUCCUUACGUGCGACGCGGGGAGCUUCGGUCCUCUCUAUCAUCGAUUAGCUCCGUCGUUACAUUUAGGCGAAGAUGUUUUGACGUGGAUUGAUCCGAACUCAGAAUAUAUCGGGAAACUCGAGCCUUUCUGGGAUGACUCGAUGUGCUCGUCAAGCGCGCCAGCGACAGAGGUGAAAAAGAUGAUGGCUCGGGCCCUGAAGUUGGCUCUGACUCCAAACCAGCAGCUGCAACUGAUUUCUGAUCUCAAGCAAGAACCACGUUUGGUGUUCCAGUUGGGUCUUUCACCCAGCAGAUUGCCCGAUCUCGUAGAAAACAACCCUCCAGUGGCAGUUGAGGUUCUAAUGUUGAUGAUGGACAGUGCUCAGAUAGUGGAAUUUUACUCUGCUCUCGUCAAUAUGGAGCUCUCGCUACAUUCCAUGGAAGUUGUCAAUCGUCUGACCACCGCCACGAAGCUCCCCGUCGAGUUCAUCCAUCAAUACGUCUCGAAUUGCAUAGCUACCUGCGAAAAUAUGAAAGACAAAUACGUGCAGAACCGGCAUGUGCGGCUGGUGUGUGUAUUCUUGUCGUCAUUGAUUCGGAACAAACUCAUCGAUGUUCAGGAGCUAUUCAUCGAAGUCCAAGCGUUCUGCAUAGACUUCUCCAGGAUUAAGGAAGCUGCCGCGCUGUUCCGAUUGUUGAAACAUGUCGAUCCCCCGGAGGGGUCGCCCGAAAAUAAGUCCGAUGUCAGCAAUAAAUGAUUUACUCGAUGGUUUUAUCUAGAUCGAU